CUAAGCACUAACCUCGGUGCUUAACCCCGUGCCUAUUGCGAUCAAGCUGAUACGAGAAGCGUCAAAUAUUACUCAAGGCAUCGCAAAGCCUUGAAUAAAAGGUAUAAAUGCCUGGGCGCCUGAUACUACGUCGUCCAUCUCCGACAACCGUCUCGUUCACCGUGUCCAAUGCCUCUAGACACACGAGCAUGCCAGCGAAGAUCCUCUUCUAUCUUCAAUUCCUUUUGCGUGCAUUAGUCUUUGUCUGCGUGGUGUUAUUAAACAUCGCAAGACUCCGCCGCUCUUUUUUCUAUCAAAAUGGAUCCUUCGUCCGCUGGACUACAAUAUGGUCAAGCCCGCUAGGAUCACUUCUUUGCCGCAUUGCAGACUCAUACAGUCCUGGGGUUAUCGUCUUGGUGAGCGCGAUUGUUAUCUACGGUGCUUUCAGGAAGGGCUAUACGGAGGAAUCCUUACUAGUCAUACGUGGUCUAGGAAUCCAAACAUCUACUUCAUCCCUGACCUAUCUCUCGAAGGCCUCGACGCGCUUUAUUCCGACCACCCAGAUCCAAGACAUUGUGAUCCACGAGGCUUUCAAAGGAUUUGAAGUCCGCUUCUACCUAGCAAUUAUUGUAGAAGGAGAGCCCGAAGUCGUCGUGGUCUUUCCUAAACUUUUACCGAACCGGGCAAUACUGGAAGAGGUCUGGAGGGGUUCACGGCACUGUCUCUAUGAUUCCAAAUCAUAACAUAAACAGAAGGCUGAAAGUUUCAAUUGUUCCU